AUGGAAGCCGAGGCAUCGGUGCAAGACGAUCGCCCUGCCUGUCGCGCAUGUCGCAAGCGGAAACUCCGCUGCUCGCGCGAAGUCCCGCUCUGUGCGCAUUGUCGGAGGAUUGGGACGACGUGCGUGUAUGAUGGGGAGCGAGAGAAACCGGGUCUUAAGGCUGGAGCGGUGGAGGCGUUGAGGAGACGGGUUGAGGCGCUGGAGGAUGCCGUGUUCCACCAGGAACGACCUGAAGAGCAUAGACCAGUGUCUGAUAGUAAUGCGGUGGCUACUGCACUGCGAGAGGGAAUGGAGCUGCUGCUCGGACAGCUGCAGCAGCAACAACCUCAUACCCGCAAACGACCAUGCGAGGACUUGGUGUCUGAUGUGCCGCGCUCACCAUCUAACAAACGGAGACGGUUCGAUGGUACCCUAAUUGAGCCUGAUGAGUUCUCCGAUCUUUUCUCAAGUCUACCUCCGCCAGCCGUCCUAGAGGCCGUGGUCGAUGCAUAUUUCGCUCUUGUACAACCCUGGAUCCCGAUCUUCCACGAAAAGAGAUUCCGGCGGCGGCUAAGGAGCCCGGACAGGUCUCGCCUGGAGGUUGUGCUGCAUGCGAUGGUGGUUGCGAUGCUCAAGCACGUCGAUCAAUCUGUGCUUCCGGCGGAUCUGAAAGAUAUCGAAGCUGUGUGUGAACGGUCCCGGAAGAUCGUCGUGCUGACAGCAAUGGAUGAUCUUUACGUGGAGAAUUUGCAGGCAUUGAUUAUCAUCUGCUUUGAGGAUAUUGGAUCCGGGAGGGUCUCUCGAGCAUGGCCGAUUGUCGGGUCCUUGACGAGGACGGUCGAGUACCUCCAACUGAGUGUCGAGUCAGAGAACCACGAUACAGGACGGGUCUUGCAGCCUCGACCAUCCCUUCCGGUGGCUGCAGACUGGGUGGAGGAGGAAGAACGACGGCGGGUUUUCUGGACUGUUUUCAACUUAGACAGAUGGAACACGAGCCUCACCUCCAACGACGUCCACCGCCGCCUCCCCGCCGACGGCGGCCUCUGGCACAACGAGGAACCCGUCACAACCCCCUUCUUCGGCAUCUGGGACCGCUCCGCCGGCAAGAUCGGCACCCUCAUUGCCUUCCUACCUACAGACAAGCCGUCGCCCACCGCACAAGUCGACAUGUCAACCGUAGGCGCCUUCGCCUACCGCGUCGAAGCCACCGAGUCGCUAAGCCGAGUAACGACCUUCUUCCUGCAGCAGCGGAUCAACCACCGCGACCGCCAGGAGAUGGGAAGCUGGCUGAUGCGGUUCAAGGAGCUGGAUCUGCGGCUGGUCAGCUGGAAGAUGUUCCUGCCGCAGAAAUGGAAGGACACGAAUAUCUCGCGUCAGCCAACGGUCGUGACGAUGGAUCCGAACCUGACGCUGGCGCAUAUCACGCACAACACGUCCAUGAUCCUGCUGCAUCAGCGGAUUGCGUAUCCGCCGCCAGAAUGGUUGGAGGUGGUGAAGUUGCCGACUCUGUCCAGCGCGGAGACGUGCGAGGCGGCGGCGGCGGAGACGGCGAAUAUCACCGAGAAGUACCUGGGGAAUUGUCCGCGGGAGGGCGUCGUGGAUAGUCAGUUUGCGUUUUGCGUGUUUGUCAGUGCGAGGGUUUUACUUGUACAUUGGAGAUACUAUGGCACGCCCCUGUCGUCAGAUUACUGGACACUGAUGAAAUGCCUCGAUGCCAUGGCGACGCGCUGGUCCGGCCGCGUACAGGCGAGUCGUCAGAACUCGGCGGCUAGGUAUUUCGGCCAGCUCAACGCCAUCCACCGGGCGUGCCAAAGCGACGAGAACUUUAAGCUGGAUGUUCUGGGCUACUCCAACGAGAUUGAAUGGACGGGGGAUACCCAGCAAACAGUACCAGAAGCAGUACCUGAAAGCACAGCUGGACUGUCUCGGGUCGCCUUUACUCCAGAUCUACCGCCGAUGCUGCAGUCUAGUCCGGCAAGAAUGAGCUACAACACAGGCAGCCCGGAUGAAUUGACGACAGUCACAUCAAUUCUGCUGGAUCAGCAGUAUUCGGAGAUGGACCGGAUUAUCAGUCUAAACAAUGCGUAUUUCGCAUCAGAUGUAGCCUAUAGUACAUGA